CUACAGUCCUUCAAGCAGCAGGACCGAGGCGGCCACAGCGAUUACGUCGGCGAGGGAAAGCCUGUUGACUUGGACAAGCUCUACAGGUGGGCGCAGUCCUGCAAGACGGAGCGGGGCGAGUCGCCCAUCGAGUGCCAGCAGGCGCAGGAGCGCUACUCACAGGCAGUGGACGCCAAAAACAAUGCCAGACCGCACGCGGCGCAGCUCACCCAGGGUCGGCUCGCCAGGGAGAAGCUCGAGAAAGAAGAGCGCACCAUCUACGAGGAGGUCAAGCAGCACGAGAAGAGCACGCAGGAGGCCCAGGAACGGCUGGCCAAGAGGCGCGAGCACCUCGAGGUGCUGGGCAACGUCGAGGAGGAGCCCAAGGACGACAGCAAGGACAACAUGGGCACUGCGGAGCCUGGCGAUGCGCCUGUCAGCGGCGGCGGUGGGAAACGCCAGAAGAAGUACGACAGCCUCACCCUGUGGACGUUUAACGGCUCGGGUUGGGGCACAAUCAAGGAGAAGAUUGAGGAGACGGUGCAGGGCAGCAAUGGCUGUGGUGUCGCAGAGCAUGUGAAGGUGCGGGGGUACCGGUUCGGCGGCGUAGCAGCCAACGCUACGACGGGGCCAAGUGGGGAAGCAGGCGCAUCAGAUGGUGUUGCGGCAAUAGCUCCACGCUGCAUCGGCAUGACCUACCUGUGCGGCAAGGAGAAGUGGGACAUCUCGCCGCGGGCAAGUCCAGGACGUGCUACGGCGGCGUGGUUGUCGGUCAGCACAAGUGUGAUCUACGCCUCAGUCUACUUGUGGACAGCCGAGGGCAUGACGUAUAGGAACACGGAAAUCAUCAACAAGGUGACAUGGCAGUUGGAGACGCUCGCGGGGCCGUGGAUCAUCGGUGGCGAUUUCCAGGUCGAGCCCGAGAAGAUGGCCGAGGUGGAGAGCGUCAAGGCGGCCAGGGCGCGUGCGAUAGCGUCAGGGGCCGAGUGCGGCACGUGCAAGCAUGCACAUGGUGUCUGCGAGAUCGACUACUUCAUCGUGUCGGACCAGGAUGUCGGGCAGGUGAUGCAAGCCAGGGCGCAGGAGGAGUGGCCGUCGGCGCCACACAAGCCUGUGGGGCUCACCAGACGACUCAAGGUGCGAGAGCGGUUGGUCAGGGUGCUGGAGAAGCCGAAGGCGCUGCCCGAGCUGGCGAUCGGGUGCACGCCAGCGCCGCCGCGGUACAUGGAGAUCGAGAGCUUCAGCACGCAGAAGGAGGCCAACAGUACUUGGGCGACCUACAUGCGGACAUUAGAGCAGGAGGCGUUCGCUGCGCGCGGCAUGGACUGGGCUGAGGACCACCCAUCAGCUGGGCGAGCAGAGGAGCCGACGUGGAGGAUCAAGCCGCUGAGCGUCGGGGGCGAAAGCUUACCACCAUCAGCGCCUGAGGCAAUACGGUGGAGAUGGCUGGCUCGGACUCUGCUGAAUCUGCAGGGAGCGUACAACCGCAUCGGGGCGGCACGCGCUGGGGAAGUUCGGAGGCGCAGGAUCAAGGAGGCGACGGCUCAGGAGCACCAGUUCAUCACCAGCAAGCAGCGAACCAAGCACAUCAGCACGGAAGAGCAGGGCAGGCGGCGAGCUAGAGGUGGCGUAAUAGCAGCUGGACUAUUACGGGGUGAAGGACAGCUACCAGCGGUGCAGCAGAGGGCCCAAGAGGGCCACGAGAAGAUGAGGAAGUACGACCGGCAGCUCCCCGAGGAACGCAGAGCAAAGUGGGCAGACAAGCUGGAGCAGGCAGCAUCCGGCGCGGCAGGUGGACUACACAGGUGGAGCAAGGCGGCCACGGUGCGGCGACCGCGCAGAGCUGCAACCAUGGAGGAACCAGCGGGCCCUAUCGCGGCAGCGGAGCACUCGCUGCCGGAGCGGAACGAGAUCUGGCGCGUCGGCGAGCGCAUCCAGGAGGAGCCGAGGCCCUGGGAGUUCGAGGGGCGGGAUCAGAGUGGGGAGUUCACGGACCAGGAUGUCGAGGAGCUCAAGGUGGUCGCGAGGGCCUUCAGGAAGAAGACGGGCAUCGGGGUGGACAGGUGGCACCCGUCCAUGCUGCAGGGGGCGUCGGACGACGCAUACCGCAGGAGCUGGGAUUGCACGGGCUACGCCAAGGCGGCAGAGGACGCAGCGUGGGAGGUGCUACUCAGCCACGAGAUGGACGACGCAGAGGACCAGAGCGAAGAGAUGCAGGCGACAAUCACUGCGGUCUUAGACCUGGUGAAGGCUUUCGAGAAGGUGGGCCUCCACGUGCUGUGGGAGGCUGGGAAGCAGGUGAACUACAACGUUGGCGUGCUGGCGGUGGUGUGCUCGUAUUUCGCAACGACGAGGUGGCGCAUGUAUGUGGAUGACCUGUGCGUGAGGGUGAGACAGCAGCACAAGUACAUCGUGAACGAGUUCAGCGAGACGAUCGACGCGUGCUUCGCAGGCUUCGAGCAGUUGGGGCUGAAGUUCUCGGUGGGCAGCGCAAGCAAAGGAGCGGUUAUGGCGAGCACGAAGUGGGCGCGCAAGGCGGUGGCAAAGGACAUGCUGGACAGGGGCAUCCCAGUGGUGAGGGCAUGUCCAUACCUGGGCGUCGACAUCGUUGCGUAUGGUACGGCGGCGAAGACCAAGAGCGGCAAAUGGUACAGCAACAUGAAGGUCAGGAGCAGGCGGCUGCUGAACAUGAAAGGAGGUGGACGCAAGAUGGCGCGGGAAGUUGGUUUGAUAUUCAAGUGCGGGCUGAAGAGGUCGGUGCUGCACGGCUGCAAGUGCCUGGGAAUGCCACUGCGUGCUAGGGAUUUCCCAAAGCACGCCAAGAACGCGGCGAAGAAGGUGUUACUGGGCGGGGUUUGGACGAUGGCGAAGCUGAGCCAGUGCAACAUCGUGCCGACGGAUAUCUGCAUGGCGUGCGGCAAGGCAGUCGGGACGGAGCAUCACAGGUACUACAAGUGCGAGGCGCUCAGGGAGCAGCGGUUGCAAGCCCAGGCGGACUGGCAGACGGUGGCGGAGCAGCAGGACACGAACAUGUUGUGGACCCGUGGUCUGGUUCGCACACCAGAAGCGGACUGGACCUUCGUGAGCAUCGGAGAGGACCAGCACUACGGCCAGGCGGUCCAGGGCGAUGAGGACUACUUCACGGGCGACAUCGUGUGCGACGGAUCGAAGUUGGGCUACAGUGAGUGGGCACAAACUGGGUGGGCAGCUAUGUCACUCACGGACGAGGGCAGCGCGAAGAUGCAGUUGUGGGGUCCGCUACCGUGUACGCUGCCAAUCCACAGGAAGGUCAAGCGAGCGGAGAUAUGGGCCUUCCUGAAGGUGCUGGAGAGGAUGAUGCCGCCAGGUCGCAUCUGCACGGACCACAAGGGCAUCCUUGAGGGCUUGCAGAAGGGCGAGCGGUGGCGCACGAGCUGGAAGAGGCCGCAUGCCAACAUCUGGAAGCGGAUUUGGCAUAAGGUAAAGAACCUGGACCUGGACGUCGGGUGCGUGAAGCACGUGAAGGCGCACAGGUCCAAGACAAACAUCGAGCAGUUGGAGGGCGACGACCUGAAGAUUGCGAAGGGCAACAGCGAGGUGGACCUGCUUGCAAAGGCAGGGACAGAGAUAGAUGCCAACUUCGGUAAGCACCAGGCGCUGGAGGAUCUUGCUGUACGAGUACGGUGGGCGCUUCAGAACUUGGGAUGGUGUUAUCAGAAGAUGGCGGGCGAGUGGCCACACGUCCCCAAGCGCGAGAAAGGAGUACCACGACGGCGUGUUGCGAAGCCGCUGGUCGUGCUCACCAAACACGAGGUCGUGGAGAAGGACGGUUGGCAGGUAUGCAUGAGAUGUGGGCUACGAGCUGCCUCGCGACGGAUGCGCAAGAAGCUGUGGCAAGCGGAGUGCAUCAAGCCGAGCUGGAAAUCAACUGGGGCAAGCAGCUCAGGUGCGGGAAGUUCACUGGAGGCCAGCGUGGCCAUGGCUGCUGCGGCCGCAGCGGCUGCCGCUGAGGUGCUGGUGGACGCUCGGAGCUCGAAAACGAAGCCGAAG